AUGCCCAAGACCGAGCGCUCCUGGGUGAAGGACAACGACUCAGCCUACCUUAUCGACGCUGGAAUGUGGACCGCCUGCAAAGAAUCUGCUUUGGUGCUGGUGAAUAAGAGGCAUAAGAGCCAGAGUACCCGAUUCGGAAGUUUUCGAGACGGUGUUCAUGACUGGGUUUUUGAUAUAGACAUUCGUCGAGACCUCUUAUGCUUUCAACUCUCAAAUGACGCAGACUGGAAUUCCGGGUGGGGCGAGCUGCCAUUCUGGAGAACUAGCUGGUGGCCUCCAAGCGGUAUUUGCAGCAUCGCAGUUGAAUAUGAUUCUUCCUGGGCUGUCGGUGUCAAGCUAGGCAUGGCUGCAGAUGCGCUGGAUGGCAUGCAGUAUGAGCCGGGGCCCCGUGGCUUCUUCUUGAGCAUUCUCGCAGGAAGGCGCGAUGAUUCCGCACCUUCUAUCUACCUGAUUGAUAGAAGCAUACGUCGACGACGGAAAGCACCUCACAAUCCCGGUUCUUUCAACGAGAAGUAUCGCUCCAAGGGACGCACAUUCGGAGUCGUGAAAGGCCUUCGCGAUGUUGCCGAAAAGACUUUGACAUCCGGAAUGAAUGCUUUGAACUUUUUGGAGGCCAUCGGCUCGGUCGAGGGGUACUGGACAUGGGAGAAGACUAAUUUUGCAGGCAUCAGUAGAUCGUACUAUCUCGAUCCUGAGGAAGCUAUCCCUGUGCUAGCUAUCACAGAUGAAGAGGAUGUGGGAUCUCUGGGAAACGAGUAG